CCAUCAUUACAAGCAUCACUAUGAAGCAGCCCACAUUACCCCCCAAAAACCCUAAAUUCCAAAACCAUUCUCUCUCUUUUUAAUAUUCUUUACUUUUUUUUGUUGAUUUUGAUUUGGUUUGCUUUCUUUUCUCCACAAGACAGAGAGCUUUUUUCCUCUUAUUUUCCCUCCUUUUUCCAACCCACAAAACCCAAAUCUCAGACAAAGAGACAGUCUCUCUGAGAUUUGGAGACAGAAACAGGAGAAAAAAAAAAAGGAAGAGAGAAGGGUUAAAUGAAAAGAUUCUGUCUCUGUGUUUCAUGAAAUGGGCAUCAAAAUCUGCAGAUUCAAGACCCUCCUCCUCCUCCUCUUCCUCUGCUUCUUCCCAGGUGCAAAUGCAAGGAGACAGCUUGAAGCGCAAACUCCCCAAAAGGACAUCACCACCCCAUUAGCCACUAACCCUACGGUGGGGGUCACACCCUCCACCAGCACCGUCGUCCCUGACUCGGACUCCGACUCUGACUCGGUCACGACCACUCCCUUGACCAUACCCAACCCACCUCCCCUCUACCCGGCCGCCAGCUGGUGCGUGGCUAGCCAGAACGCUCCCAAGUUGGCUCUGCAAGAGGCUUUGGAUUACGCCUGCGGGCUCGGUGGAGCUGACUGCUCCGCCAUCCAGGCCGGUGGUAACUGUUAUUACCCCAACACGUUGAAGGACCACGCCUCUUUCGCUUUCAAUAGCUAUUACCAGAAGAACCCUAUCCCAAGUAGUUGCAACUUCCGUGGAACUGCUUUUGCUGUCGGCUCUGACCCAAGUACAGGAUCAUGCCACUAUCCUUCUACGAGCACAAGUGCAUCAAUAUUGAACAUAACAAACGCAGAUGGGUUGGGGAUUUUCGGCGGAGUUCCAUCAAACCCUCCGUCUGAUUCCGAAGCUUCGAGUUUUAGACGUUUCUCCCCUGUGCUUUUGUUGACAUUUUUAACUCUUUGUUGUCUCCAAAGACCCUAACUGAACUGAGCUUUCUCUCUCUCUUGCUGUGUUUUAUGAAAGCAUGUUUCUUUCUACU